AUGGGAGGAGGAACAGUUGGGUUAUUAAGCUCGGCCACGGCCCCGGCCCCUUUCCCCGCCAUAGCCAGAGCUGCCUUCAGUACAGCGCGACGAAUGAAUUCACGAUCCUCGUCAUUUCCAGCGGCAGGUGGGUGUCCGAGUCGGAAAAGUACAAGGCUUGUUUGCGAAGUCGCUGUCGGAUCCGAUUUGUCUCCAUCCACAUCGGAAGCAGUCAUCGGAGCUAGGGUUAAGGUCACCGUUCCUCUUAAGGUGUACCACGUGCCCAAAGUUGCUGAAGUCGACAUCACUGGCAUGGAAGGUGAGGUCAAGCAGUACGUUGCCCUCUGGAAGGGCAAACGCAUUUCUGCCAAUCUCCCUUAUAAAGUUCAGUUCUUUGUCGACGUCCAAGGCCGUGGCCCUGUCAAAUUCUUUGCGCAUCUCAAGGAGGACGAGUUCGAAUACCUUUGA